UUCAUAUAACCCACUUGGUCGUCUGCCGUCUUCCAGUCUUGCUUCGUCCGUCGAAGCAGACUCACAAAGAGGGAUGGGCAGCAAGGAGGCUGCAUCGGUUCUUGACGAACUCCUCAAGUCCCCCAUCGAGGACGGACCGGGCGUAUCGGUUCUGUCUUCCGCCGUGCAACAACCGCAAGCGGCCAUGUUGCCUCCUCAGGUCAUCACCAACGUGACAACCGGACUGCAAGCGCCGCAGCAACAGCAGGCUGUGCUGACGACCAUCAAUGGAACUGCGCUGAUCAAGUCCGAGCCACAGAAUUCGCUCUCUGCUCCUCUUGCUGUCACAGUGGGCCAACGUUUUCCAGCAACAAGGGUUGUGUCUAGACCAGUGGUUGGGUCUAUGCCCGUGGCUAGUAUUCCUCGUGCGGCUGUGAAUCCGGUUACUCGGCCUGUGGCCAUUGCUCCUCGUCCAGCUCCUCAGAAUUCUGCUCUAGCUGCGUCGACUAGUGGAAAUACUGCUGCUCAGUUGCAGUCGAUUGCUGUGAGUAACUCGAAUCAGAUGCCAGCUACAGCGACUGUUGGUCAGACGGGUGGUGUUUCGACUGCUGAUGUUCCUGCUAGUAUGAUGGAUGCUACGAAGCGGUUUCUCAAUGCUCUGGUGGAGGUUGCUCACAAGCAGACUGCUGAGUAUGGGAAGAUGAUUUCUGAUCUUGUCAGGCAGUUGUUGAGUGGAAGGAUGACAGUGGAGCAGUUCGUCGCUGGAUUAGGAGAGUCCGAAGGCGUAGCCGAGAUCUUGCCGGUGCUGAAGGUUGGUGUCCCGUUGUUACGGCAUGAUUUACAUGCGCUUGGACGUAAGAUGAUGGAACAACCAGGAGUGCAAAAGCCAACACAACAGUCAGUGCUUGUAGCUGUAUCAAAUCCUAGUCAGGCAUCUGUUGUCUAUCAGUCUGCAAUUAAAACCGAAGCCAUUAUGACGUCUCCCCAGCAAACAUUGCAGAAUCAACAAGUAUCUGUUGCUCAGACGCAGCCUGCAAUGUCGGGCACCGUUCUUGUUGCUGCCACUACGGCUCAUUCGGACCAGCAGCAACUGCAACAGCUCGUACAGCUGCAACCGAAAGUGCCUAUACAGCUACAGCAACAGCAGCUGCAGAUGCAACAGUUGCAGACGCAGCAGUUGCAGAAUCAGCAGCUACAAACGCAACAAUUACAAUCGCAGCAAUUGCAGCCGCAACAGAUUAAAACACAGCAGUUACAAUCAUUUGUGCCACCUGUAGCAAGGUCUGCAACAUUGUCUCCAAGUAGACAAGGGCAGUCAUCAGCUGCAAUGAAGAGACAGAUGGUUUCUGCUUCUUCUACGUCUCCAACAUCUACUAAAUCUACAGCAAAAGGUAAAGGCAAGUCGGUGGCUUCUAGUGGAAGAGAUGCUACUACCGACAGUGGGCCUGUUCGAAUGGAAGAUGAUGACAUUACAGAUGUUACAUCAAUGGCUGGUGUGAAUCUGACGGAAGAGACUGCUCAUAUGGCGGCCAGCACUGACUUAUUGUCCGGUUUGACAAGGUCAAUCAAGGAUGAUACGUUUUUAUCAGUAGACUGUCUUCGACAGAAAGUUAAUGAAAUAGGACUCAAAUACAAUGUUGAGCAGAUCUCACCGGAUGUGUAUUCAUUACUAUCUCAUGCAGUUGAGGAAAGGUUGAAAACUAUUAUCGAAAGACUUAUUGCUGUCAGUCAGCAUCGACUGGAGAUACACCAAGACGAGAGUCGGUGUGAGAUUACAACCGAUGUUAAGUCACAACUAAAGAUCCUAGAGAAAAUAGAUCGUUUUCAUGUUACUCAACGGAAGGAACGCGAGCGGGAAAUGCUGCUGAAAGCUGCCAAAAGUCGUUCGAAGCAGGACGAUGGCGAGCUGGCGUUGUUGAAAGAGAGGGCGAAGCAAAUGCAGCAGGAGGAACUAGAACAGCUGCAGAAGAGAGCGGCAAACCAGACUGCAUUGGCUGCUAUCGGACAACGGAAGAGACCGAAAACAGAUUUUACUUUGGAUGGGUCAGACGGAUCUUCUCCGAGCAAUGCAGCCGGUGGUGCAUCGUUGAGAGCUCAGACUCGUAAGACUCGUCAACGCCGGAUCAACUUAAGAGAUCUGAUAUUUAUUUUAGAACAAGACAAGGAGACUAGAAAGUCCAUACGUCUUUACGAAACAUUACUAAAGUAAUAGCGUUGUAGGAGUAGACGUCUCAAUUAAUAGUUGGCUCCCAGAAAACUUGCUUACAUUCACACAUGAACUUUGUGACAGUAUUGACGGUAUUAGUCAUUUUGUCCUAACUUGCUUGUUAGAUUUAUUAUGAUUGGAAUUUCAAUCGGAGAAGUUUUGUCGUUGGUUAGAACGUACACGGACUUUGAAAUUGUACAGUCAAGUUCUUUGAUAUUCUAUUGCGAUUGCUUUCUCAAAUAAUAAAAUUAUAAUUAUUGGUUGUGAUUGCUGAGUUUGUGCUUCUGGUUCUACUGU